AUGGCCUCCCGCUGGGCAGACACCGAGGCCGACAAAGCAGAAGCCCUCCGCCGCAAGCAAGAGAAGGAAGAGAAGAAGCGCCAGAAGCUGCAAAAACAGCAACAAGCUGAAGAAGCAGCCCGCCUGGCUAAAGCACCCGGACAGCGGCCAGCUAAGCGCAGACGGCUAUCCAGUGGCGAGGACGCAGCCGACGCGCCAACAGAUUCACCACAAGAGAGAAAACUACUCAGAUUCGACGGCGGAGGAUGGGCGCCCUGCCGCCACCGCUCAAACUUUGAGACGCUGAAUCAUAUUGAAGAGGGUAGCUACGGAUGGGUCUCGCGGGCAAAAGACAUCACGACCUCGCAAGUCGUCGCCCUGAAGAAGGUCAAGAUGGACUACAGCCAAGACGGCUUCCCCAUCACCGCGCUGCGAGAAAUCUCCAUUCUGCAAAAAGCGCGGCACCCCAACAUCGUCGACCUCAAAGAGGUGCUGAGCGGUGAUGCGCCCGAGGAAUGCGUCCUGGUCUUGGAGUUCCUGGAACACGACCUCAAGACGCUGCAGGAAGACAUGCACGACCCCUUCGUCGCGUCAGAAGUCAAGACAUUGCUCCGCCAACUAGUAUCUGGUGUCGCCUUCCUGCACGACAACUUCAUCAUGCACCGCGACCUCAAGACAUCCAACAUCCUGCUCAACAACCGCGGGCAGCUCAAGCUCGCAGACUUCGGCAUGGCGCGCUACAUCCCCCCUUCAAACGCACCCUUGACCCAGCUCGUCGUAACGCUGUGGUACCGCGCCCCAGAGCUCCUCCUCGGCACCCCAAACUACGGCGCCGAGGUCGACAUGUGGAGCGUGGGCUGCAUCAUGGGCGAGCUGCUGCUGAAAUCCCCCCUGCUGCCCGGCACAAACGAAGUCGACCAGCUCUCGCGCACAUUCAGUCUCUGCGGGCUCCCGACAGAAAAGUCCUGGCCAGCAUUCUACCGCCUGCCCAACGCGCCCUCGCUCAAAUUGCCCCGCGAGCAGCGCACCGCCCAGGCCUUCGACCGCGCACGCUUCCCCUUCCUGAGCAGCGCGGGCGUCGCCCUGCUCUCAUCGCUGCUCAGUCUGAACCCCGAGCUUCGACCCUCCGCGAGAGACGUCCCCGGCCAUGAGUACUUCAGGGAGCAGCCGAAACCCAAGCCGAGCGAGAUGUUCCCCACGUUUCCGAGCAAGGCGGGGCAGGAGAAGAGGAGGAGGGCGAGCCCGAGUGCGCCGAAGAGGGGCGAGGCGUCGGCGCUUGGCAGGGUGGAUUUCAGCGGCAUCUUCUCUGCGCAGGAGCAUGGUGAGAAGGGGGCGGGGUUCAUGCUGAAGAUGGCGUAG